AUGGCGAAAAAUGGUCUUAUUAUUAGGCCAUUUCGGGGUUCCCGGGCGGCAGCUGCCGCCCCAGGGGCUGGGCGGCAGGUGCCGCCUGGCUCGCGGCAGGGCCGCCCUGUCGCGUGGGCAGGGGGUGCCCCUGGAGAGCGCGCAGCUGCCGCCCAGUCGGUGGGGCGGCAGGCCCCGCUCUGGUCUUGCGGGCAGGAUGUCGCCCAAAGCGGGCGCGCAGUUGGCCGCCCAGGGCGUGGGAGGGGCUUAGCCCCGCCUGCGCGGGCGACAGGCCCCGCGCGCGCUGGGCGGAUUGCCUCGCCCGCGCGGGCGCGACAGGCCCCGCGCGCGCUAGGCGGCUGGCCCCGCCCGCGGCGCGCAGCCCCGCCAGCGCGGGGGGCGGACAAAAGGGGCCCUUCCCCCGGCCCGCGCGCGCUGGGCGGUAGGCCUCGCCCCGCUGCGGCGGUAGCCUCGCCCGCAGCGCGGCAGCCUCGCCCCGCUGGGCGGCAGGCCUGGCCAGGGAAUGGGCGGCAGGUGCCGCCCAGGCGUGGGCGCUGCUGCCCCGUGCCCGUGGCCGCUCCGCCGUGGCCGGGUGUGGACGCUGUUGCCUCGCCUCCGAGGGCCUUUUUGGAGUUUCGAACCUCCGAAAAAAGUAUUCCGGGACCCUGUUCCGCGAUCUCGCGAUGA